CUCCUCGCCAUGAAGAAGUUCGGCUUCAGCAAGAAAGGCGGCGACGAAGGCGACGAUGCCAACCGCUCCGCCCUCUUCGGUCGAAAGAGCAAGUCUCCUGCUCCGGGCAGCGACAAUCCCUACGCACAAGCUCCAGCUGGUGGCGAUCCCUACGCCCAGGACGCGAAUAAGUACGCCGGCAUGACGCCCUAUCAACGAGCACGAGCUGGCGUGCCCAUCAAUGGCGGUGCCCCUGGUGGCCUUCCUGGCGGUGCCCCUGGUGGCCUUCCUGGCGGCCCGAGGGGCGGUGCCGGCUACGGUGCCCCGCCACAGCCUGCCGGUGGCUACGGGAACGAAAAGUACGGAGCCGCAGGAGGAUACGGGGCAAAUCGUUACGACGAUAACAAGAACGCCUACGGCGCGAAUCAGCGAUCAGGUGCUACUGGCGGAGCUCGUGGCCCCGGAGGCUACGGAGGCUUGGGCCGAACCAACAGUGACAGCACCGAUGCUGUGCGCGACGAGCUCUUCAGCGGGGCUCAAGACAGAUACCAGCAGAACAAGCCGCAGGCUGGAGGGUACGACCAAUCGACUCCGUCUGGCGCUGAUGGGGGAUACGGCGGAUAUGGAGCCCCCCGUGAACUCACAGCUGAAGAGCAAGAAGAGGAGGAAUACAGCGCUACCAAGACACAAAUUAAGGAUGUCAGAGAACAGUCUCUUCAGACCACCCAAAGAUUGCGUCAGAAUGCGAGCAACGCUGAGGCAAUAGCCAAUGCGUCACUCGCUAAGCUCGCUGCUCAAGGCGAGCGUCUGCAUAACACAGAAAGGAACAUGGACAUAGCGGCAAACCACAACGUGAAGGCGGAGGAGGGUGCCAAGAAUCUAAAGAAAGCAAACGGAAGCAUGUUUGCAGUUCACGUCAACAACCCAUUCCAAUCUAAGAAGCGUGCGGCAGAGCGAGAUGCGGCGAUUCUCGACCGACACCGCCAGGAGCGCGAAGUUCGCGAGGCGACCAGACACGAGGCUUUCAAGUCCAACCAGCGAAUGGAAGAUACCUUCAAGGAGAUGUCGCUGUCUGGUCGUCCUCAAAGGGAGUUGGAAGGACAACGCAAGCCGGUAGCAAAGAAUUUCAGCCUCGAUAGCGAAGACGAAGAAGAAGAAGACAAAGAGAGGAUGAUUGACGACAACAUCACCGCAGUUUCCGGCGCGGCUGGGCGUCUUGGCCUGGCAGCCCGCGCUAUAGGAAAAGAGAUCGAUUCACAGAAUAUCCUCAUCGACAAUAUCGCCAAAAAGAGCGAUGCUGUCGACGACGGAGUCAGGAUGAACAGAGAGCGUUUGAACCGCAUCAGCACUCUCCCCAUAAAUCUCUUCUCACUUCCCAUUCAUUUCUCACUUAACUGCCGACUACAUAUCGCAAACUCUGUUGGCAGCCUCAACAUGUCAUCUAUACUUGACGCUGAACGCGCCCCCAAAAAGCGGAAGCUUAAUGGCAAGAAUACUAUCAAGGUUGGCAACAAAGUCAUUUCUCUUGAGGGAUAUCUCAACCCCCCAGCAAAGAAAAAAGAAACGGAAAUUCAGCAACGUCCAACAGAAGAGCUGCAGUCUAUUCAGGAUACAGAAAAUGAUGCCGCGUCGGACGCGUUAGCCAAAGAUUCGAAAGAUGAUCCUGCCUUAUUGAAGAUCAGGCAAAAGUUACCCAUCUGGGCACACCGGGAGGAGAUACAAGCUCGCGUGCGCCAAGACGAUGUACUUCUUCUUGUUGGUGAAACUGGUUCUGGAAAAAGUACUCAGAUACCUCAGUUUUUGGUCAGGGAGCCGUGGUGUAGGAGACAAACUGUCAGUAUCGCAGAGGCAAGAGAAGUCAGUGUCGGUGGCAUGAUCGCAGUCACUCAACCACGUCGAGUUGCCGCCACGACUUUAGCGCAUCGUGUUUCCCGCGAGGCUGGGACGCCUCUCGGUGAAAGCCGCGACGGACUAGUUGGAUACUCGGUUCGUUUCGAUCACCAGGUUCCCAAGGGCACGAAGAUCAAGUUCCUCACCGAGGGUAUGCUUCUUCAGGAGCUUCUGAGAGAUCCAGAUUUGAAACAAUACAGCGCCGUGGUCGUUGACGAAAUCCACGAGAGAAGUGUUGACGUGGAUUUGGUGUCCGGAUUCCUCAAGCAAAUCCUGCUUAGUAGCCGGAAGGGCCGCGGCGGCAUACCACUCAAGGUUGUUGUCAUGAGUGCCACGGCCGAUGUUGAGCGCAUUCAAAGUUUCUUCUCUGCGAAUGCUCCUGAAGAAAAAAGCGGCGGUGACGACUUGGUCAACAACAAAAUCAACUCUGUUGGAUUACUGAAGAUCCAGGGCCGGCAGUACCCGGUCAAGACGAUACAUACUCCCCAACCAGUGCCGGAUAUCCAGGAAUCUCUCUUGAAGACGAUUUUCAAAAUUCAUGUGGAAGAGCCACUACCUGGCGACAUUCUUGCUUUCCUGACCGGACAAGAGGAAAUCGAAUCCGCGCAGUCACUGCUCGAGGAGUACGCCGCAACGCUAGCCUCCAACGUCCCCAAGAUCAAGGUUCUACCCUUGUACGGUCAGCUUUCAAUGGAAGGACAACAUGCAGCUUUCCAGCCUGUCAAAGGAGGUUUCACGCGGAAAAUCGUACUGGCUACCAAUAUCGCUGAGACGUCCGUCACUGUACCCGGUGUACGUUACGUGGUGGACGGCGGCAAGGCCAAGGUCAAGCAAUUCCGCGCUCGCCUCGGCAUGGAAUCAUUACUAGCAAAACCUAUUUCCAGGUCUUCCGCCAUCCAGCGAACAGGCCGUGCUGGUCGUGAAGGCCCUGGCAAGUGCUUCAGGCUAUACACUGAAGGUACAUUCAGCACACUCGAAGAAACGGAUCUGCCAGAGAUCCUGAGGAUCGAUGUUCUGGGAGCUGUCUUGACGAUGAAAGCGCGAGGCAUUGAUGACAUUCUUGGGUUCCCCCUUAUGGACACCCCGGAUGUGGAAGCCAUCGAACGAGCACUAGUCAGCCUUCAUGGACUCGGUGCGUUGGCAGACGACGGCACGAUAACCGAGGCAGGCCGCAAGAUGGCGGGAUUUCCCAUCUCCGCGGCGUUUGGUGCGGUUCUGCUUGCCUCUGCCAAGCCGGAAUUCGACUGUGUCCUAGAGACGAUAGACGUCAUCUCCUGCAUCACGUCUGGCGACGACAUUUUUCAUCAGCUGCAGUCAGAAGAACAACGCGAGGAAAUUAAAGAACUCCGCAAGGAGCUCUACCGCCGGGAAGGCGACAUCCUAACAUAUCUUACCACAAUGCAACAAUACGCCGCCGAGAACGCCAAUCGUAUACAGUGGUGCAAGCAGAGAAAGGUCAACAUUCGCAACAUGAAGACAGCGCUCAACAUCCGCAGGCAACUACGUAGCCUCUGUCUCAAAGAAGGCCUUCUCACAGAGGCUCCGCCGCCAGACCCUCAGCCCUUUACUCCUCUGGCUCCGGAACAGGCCGAGGCUCUGCUCAAGUGCUUCCUCCGCGGCUUCGUGUCCAAGACAGCUAUACUGGCGCCGGAUGCGAGCUACGUCACGUCACAAGGCAAGCAUGUUGUGGCCAUUCACCCGUCUAGUGUGCUACACGGGCAGAAGAAGGAGGCCAUCAUGUUCCUUGAGCAUGUUUUCACGCAGAAAAACUAUGCUAAGAAAGUCAGCAUCAUCCAGGCCGACUGGAUUGUCGAGGUGUUUGAGGGGCACUGA